AUGCAAGGAACACCGAUCGCGGCCGCACUGGUUAAGUUAGAACCUCACCUAGUACAAGACAGCCAAUCUAGCGGCGAAAUCGCGGCGGCGAUAUAUACAGCUCAACUCGCUCCCAAGGACAUCCCACUCCACUUCAUAUGUGAAUCCGAAGACCUUCGCAACAACAUAUGUCGCGACCUACGCAGAUGGGAAGACUCAGACUGGCUGGGUGCAAAGAAUAAGGACGCACUACGAGCCCUCGUAAACAUCUUGAGACAACGAUGCGCCCCCUCAACCUUCAGGCAAGCGGUUGACGGGGAUGAAUGGAAGAUGAUAGACAAGGGGAGAGACCUCGCCAAGAAGUUCGACCAAGAACACAAGACCAAGUUAGUCAUCCCUGAAACUGAACAAUUCUUCAACCUUACCGGAGCAAGACUCUCCUCACUCACCCAACGGCUCGCGUAUAGAUUGAUACGACGACAGCGAUCUGACAUAAGACGACCAGCUACGCAAAGAAUCGUUAACAACGUUAUCACAAGCAUCCAGAUAAACACCGGACGUACUGUCCUAGAAGCUGACCUAUGGAUCAGCCUCCGCUCGAAUGAGAUCAGGAAACCAAUACAGGACUUCCUACUGAAGAGCCUACAUGGCGCCCUAAGAUGUGGGAAGUACUGGAAACACAUCCCCGGCCUUGAGGAGCGAUCCAAGUGCGCACGCUGCAACGUUGAAGAAACUAUGCACCACAUCUUUACUGAAUGCUCCGCCACGGGCAGAGAUGAAAUCUGGAAUCUAGUAGAACAUACCUGGUCUAAGAAGCAAGCCGACUGGAGUAGACCAAGCUACGAUGACAUCUUGAGUGCUGGUACAAAGCAAUGGCGAACCGUUAAAGGGCGACGACGACCAACAGCGGAACGACUAUGGAAAAUACUAAUCUCUGAAGCAGUCUUUCUCAUAUGGAAGAUGCGAUGUGAGAGGGUCAUCAGCCAUAAUGACGACAGAGACUGGACACACUCACGACAAGAGACACGUGCCAGGUGGCUGACCACCAUGAACAGACGCCUACACCUCGAUAUGUCCAUGACGAACAAACGAUUCGGUAGGCUAGCUCUGAAUAAUAACGUGGUCCUCAGUACAUGGAGAGGGACAUUAGUAGACGAACUUGCCCUCCCCGACGACUGGACUGGCCUAAGUAGGGUUUUAGUGGGUAUCGACAUCCGUCCAUGGGAAGACAUCGAUAACGGAUAG